AUGGUGACUAUGAGUAAGGCUCUGGUUCAUGCAAGGAUCACUCUCCUUCAGGUAUGGUUCAGGAUGCUGCUCUUUUCUUCUGUAUGGCCACUGACUUGGUGUGCUAAAUACAAAGGCCCUCCAGAGACAGUAAUACCCUUGAGGGUAACUGUCUCUAGUAAAGAGAUGAGUCUUUCAGGCUGGAUAUCCUAUAGCUUACACUUUGGAGGCCAGAGACAUAUUAUCUCCAUGAAAUCCAAGAAUUUUUUGAUAUCCAGACAGCUCCCUGUGUUCACAUACAGUGACCAAGGUGUCCUCUUUGAGGACAGACCUUUUGUCCAGAAUGACUGUUAUUACGUUGGUUUUGUGGAUGGAGAUCUGGAAUCCAUGGCUGCUCUUACCACCUGUUUUGGGGGCUUUCAAGGAAUAUUACACAUGAAUGACACAGCUUAUGAAAUUAAGCCCAAGAGCCUUUCAUCCACAUCUGAGCAUCUGCUUUACAAGAUAGACAUCGAGGAAACUCAAUUACACCCCAUGAGAUGUGGACUCACAAAUGAAGAAAUAUCAGGGCAAGUGAGACUUCAACAAAAAACUUACCCAGACUUCGAUAAGUCAUGGUGGUCUCAUGGAUUUUAUGUUAAAAUGAUGUUGGUUGUAGACCAUCAACAAUUCAUUUAUCGAAACAAGAAUACUUCUCUUGUGAUAAAAGAUGUAUUUCAAGUUAUGAUUGGACUAAAUGCCUUCUUAGGUCCAGGGGAUAUUAAUGUAUUUUUACUUGGACUUACUAUCUGGACUCAAGAAAAUCCCAUACCAGUGCAAGAUUUAUUUUCUCUCUUGCCAGCAUUUUGUACAUGGAAGCAAACAAACCUUAAUUCUCAGAUAGCAUAUGAUAUCACACAUCUCUUUGUGAAUUAUACUUUUGGUGACUAUUUUGGCAUAGCCUAUGUAGGAACCGUAUGUAAUAAGGCAUCUGCUUGUGGAGUUGAUAGGCUCUUUGGAGAGAAUUUCUAUGCUAUUUCACAUAUUGUGGCACAUGAGAUAGGUCACAAUUUGGGCAUGCCACAUGAUGGGCUACUUUGUUCUUGUGGAGGGGGACCAUGUUUGAUGUCUGCUACAAUGAAGAGUUCCACAAAACUCAGCAACUGUAGUUAUGAAUUCUUGUGGGCAAGCACAGCCAAAACAAGCUGCAUACAGACGGAUCCCAACCGUUCGGAUAUCUUGUCACUGAAGCUCUGUGGGAAUGGUAAAGUUGAUGAAGGAGAACAGUGUGACUGUGGAACCCCUGACCAGUGUAAAACUAACCAUUGUUGUUUGCCUACCUGUGUUCUGAAGUCUAAAGCUAAAUGUGAUUCUGGACUAUGUUGUACCAGCAAAUGCCAAAUCCAGCCACCUGGCACUCUGUGUAGACCUCGGGAGAAUGAAUGUGACCUUCCAGAAUGGUGCAAUGGAACUUCACGUGAGUGCCCUGAAGAUUUAUUUGUACAGGCUGGGACCUCGUGCCGUGGUGAUGGCUACUGCUAUGAAAAAAGAUGUAACAGCCACAUUGACCACUGCCAGAGACUUUUUGGCCAGGUUGCCACGAAAGCAUCUGACAAGUGCUACCAGGAACUCAAUACUCGUGGUGAUCGUUUUGGUAACUGUGGGCUCAUAAACAAUGAGUAUGUGAGAUGUGAGACCUCAGAUAUCUUUUGUGGGAGGAUUCAGUGUGACGGAGUGAAACACAUUCCCAUCCUGGAGUCUCAUCAUACUGUUCACUGGACUCAUUUCAAUUAUAGUUACUGCUGGAGUACUGACUACCAUAUCGGGAUGAAAAUUGCUGACCUGGGUGACGUAAAAGAUGGCACAAACUGUGGUCCACAGCGUGUGUGCAUUGGCAGGAAAUGCGUUGAUAAGCCGAGUUGGAAAAGUAAUUGUUCACCACAGACCUGCAACAUGAAAGGAGUCUGCAAUAAUAAACAGCACUGCCAUUGCGAUUAUGGCUGGAGCCCACCAACCUGCCAGGAAAUUGGCACUGGAGGAAGUAUCGACAGUGGCUCUCCUAAUAACAAAGAUGCAGAUGUGCGAGAUGAGAGAAAAAUGAAGGCCUCAAAAAAACCUGACACCUUAAGUUGGCUAUUACCUGUUAUUAUUUUGGUUGUAGCUUUACUUGUAUUGUUUUACUUGCUUCGGGCCAAACAAGCUAAACCCCCAAAUUAG